CUCAACAAGAAUUCGAAGACAGCUGGACAGGAACCUCACCUUUCAUAAAAUGGUGGCGUGGAUGAUUGCACUUCACACUACGAUUCACACCAUUGCCCAUCUGUUUAAUGUGGAAUGGUGUGUGAACGCCCGAGUCAACAAUUCUGACCCGUACUCAAUAGCACUCUCUGACAUAGGAGAUAAGCCUAAUGAAACCUACCUCAAUUUCGUUCGACAGAGAAUCAAGAAUCCUGAAGGAGGCCUGUACGUGGCUGUGACUCGGCUGGCAGGCAUCACAGGCGUCGUCAUCACGCUGUGUCUCAUAUUAAUUAUCACCUCCUCCACCAAGACCAUCCGGAGGUCUUACUUCGAGGUGUUCUGGUACACACACCAUCUCUUUGUGAUCUUCUUCAUUGGCCUUGCCAUCCAUGGAGCCGAGCGAAUUGUACGUAGGCAGACCCCAAAGAGUUUGUUGGUCCACGAUCCAAAGGCAUGUGCUCAAAACAUCUCACAAUGGGGAAAAAUAAAGGACUGCCCGAUCCCGGAGUUCGCAGGGAACCCUCCUAUGACUUGGAAAUGGAUCGUGGGUCCCAUGUUCCUGUAUCUGUGUGAGAGGCUGGUGCGGUUUUGGCGAUCUCAGCAGAAGGUGGUCAUUACCAAGGUGGUCACUCAUCCUUUCAAAACCAUCGAGCUACAGAUGAAGAAGAAGGGAUUCAGGAUGGAGGUGGGACAAUACAUUUUCGUCAAGUGUCCCGCAGUGUCCAAGCUGGAGUGGCACCCUUUCACCCUGACCUCUGCCCCUGAGGAAGACUUCUUUAGCAUCCAUAUCCGCAUUGUUGGCGACUGGACAGAGGGACUGUUCAAAGCCUGUGGCUGUGAUAAGCAGGAGUUUCAAGAUGCCUGGAAACUACCUAAGAUCGCUGUGGACGGGCCCUUCGGCACCGCCAGUGAAGACGUGUUCAGUUACGAGGUGGUCAUGUUAGUGGGAGCAGGGAUCGUCACGCCCUUCGCCUCCAUUCUCAAGUCGGUCUGGUACAAGUAUUGCAAUAAUGCCACCAAUCUGAGGCUCAAAAAGAUCUACUUCUACUGGCUGUGCCGGGACACACAUGCCUUCGAGUGGUUUGCCGACCUGCUGCAGCUGCUGGAGACCCAGAUGCAGGAGAGGAACAACGCCGGCUUCCUCAGCUACAACAUCUACCUCACUGGCUGGGAUGAGUCACAGGCCAAUCACUUUGCCGUGCACCAUGAUGAGGAGAAAGAUGUGAUCACAGGCCUGAAGCAAAAGACCUUGUACGGACGGCCCAACUGGGAUAACGAGUUCAAGACCAUUGCGAGUCAACACCCCACUACCAGAAUAGGAGUUUUCCUCUGCGGACCGGAAGCCUUGGCUGAAACCCUCAAUAAGCAGUGCAUCUCCAACUCCGACUCCAGCCCGAGGGGAGUGCAUUUCAUUUUCAAUAAGGAAAACUUCUAACCGGUCUCAUCCACGAGGAAAUAAAUGUGGGUCGUACUGCCAAAUGCCCAGAUAAUGCCAGUUGAUAAUAGAAGUUCCUUCCUUAAAAAAAAAAAAA